AGAGAACAGUAUACCAAACAUGUCCUCAAAAAUUCGGAUGUCAGGGUCUACCGUUGCAAAUCUCUUUCAAAACUACAUGCCCCAGGCCCCAGGCCCCCAGCAACACUUUACCCUCGCCUGCGACUUCCGGCCAGCUUUAGCGGCGAGGCUCUCAUCCCUCUCCUGCUGAACUCCAGUUCCUAAUUACUGCAGUGAUCUACAUGUUUACUAAUAAAAGGAGGCAAGAAGAGCGUACAGGAAAAUAUGGAACCCCUAGGGUGCAAUACCUUCAGGAGCUGGUCAAUCAGUUUCAGAACACGAAUAAUGAAGAAUCAAGAGAGAGAAUUGUUGCCAAUUUGGCAAAUUUUGCAUAUGACCCUUACAAUUAUACAUUUAUACGGCAGCUGAAUGUUUUGGAACUUUUCCUAGACUGCAUAACAGAACCGAAUGAAAAGCUUGUGGAAUUUGGAGUUGGUGGAAUCUGCAAUUCUUGUGUUGACCCCUCAAAUGCUGCUAUUGUCACUCAUUGUGGUGGGAUCCCUCUUAUUAUUCAAUGUUUAUCAAGCCCAGUGAGAAACACUGUGAAUUAUGCACUUGGAGCUCUUUAUUAUCUCUGUAACUCAUCUAACAAGGAUGAGAUUCUGAAGCCAGAAGUGGUUGAUAUCAUGAAAAGGUAUGCAGCAGCUGGAGCAGUUAGUGUUAGCUUCAGUAAUUUGGCCAAGGCGUUCUUGGAUAGGCAUGCUUCUGAAAGCAGUUGAUUUAGAAAUCUUAAUUUCUGUUCAAUCAGAUGCCCAAGAAAGUAAUGAGACGAUCGUGCCUUCAGAGCUGCCAGCACAGAUAAUGACCAUUGACACUGUUCUGCCGGUGAGUGUGAUGGAAUCAACCUAUUUCUUGUAGUUGGUUGAUCAUCUUGAUUGGAAUCCUUCAGACGAUUUAGCACCAGCUAUACUUUACUGAAAGUUUGCUAGGCUUAAAGUAGCAGCAAUAGCGAAGAAAUCCAGGGUGACAGCAUUGACCAAUUUUGAUAUAAUAGUCAAGGAUUUAGGAGUAGGCAAGACUGUAGAUAUCUGAAUUGUGAAACUUUGAGGAUUAGUAUGCAUAACAUGUAUGGUUUGAAAAAAUUUUGUUUGGCAGUUCUUAGCCUUGGAUUUUUCUAGAAUUUGCAUGAUUCAUAUUUGUUGUUGCUUUACAACUGCUUUAUAUUGAUGAUAAAUGGUAAUGCUGAUGACAAUGAUGGAAUUGAGGUUGUAAAGAACUGUCUUUGUAAGUUUUUUGAAAGGAUAGACUUUGGCCCCCACAGGUAAUUUAUUGGCAUUGAGGUUGAUUCUUCUA